AUGGCUCCAACAAGCUACAGCUAUCUCUUCGCGGCCGUGGCCGCUCUUCUCCUUCUCGGCGCCGCCCAGGGUCCUUUCGCGGAGGCCAACGCCGGCGUCAACCAAUUCUGCGUCAUGGCUACCUACAAAGACUUGUGCAGUGCAAUGGCGAAGGGCGCGAGCACAUUGCAGACCGCGAGGGCGAACGUACUGCAAACGGCCCUGGAUGAGGCUAGGAGCCUCAAGGGGUUGGUUCCGAAGCUGAUGCCGGCUAUAAACCAGCUGCCCUCUAAGAGCAAGACUGAGGUUCUGCAGACAUGCACUGAGGAUUUCGACGGGACUAUUUCGGACAUUGAAGAAAGCAUCAAGGCUUUGCAGGUGGGAGACAUGGGCACCGCCCAGACCCAUCUCAGCGCGGCUUUAAGACGUGACUGUAGGGACGCCAUUCAAGAGCUUGGAGUGAAUUCCCCGCUCACCAACUACGCCACCGAGUUGACGAGGAGGGUCGAUAGUUGCAUGGCUGUUCUCACUCAGAAGACAUCAUCUCGAUGA